CCAAAUCACCCUCGUCUUUUCCUUUUCCUUUUUUUUAAUGGGUUCAUGUGCAAUUCUCCUAAUCCUUUGCGCACUGAAAAUGAAAAAUCGCGGGAAAACGACCGCGCAUGACUAUGGGUUUAUUACAGCGCCUCUCACGACCCGGUCUCGGUAUUCUUCUUCGAGGAGAACAGCCCCAUGAUGACGGAAAAACAGAAAGAGGGGACAGAGUUUGCCUCACGGGUGCGGGUCGCUACAAACAAAUCACUGGAUGGUUUUUGAUGGAAAUUUUCGGGGUUUACGGUGGUCCACAAUGGGUGUGAUGAACGAACGGCGUUCCGGUCGGAUCUUUAGUCUUAUGAUCUGUUUCUUUUCUAUUUCUUCUCUCUGAACCUUUUGUCGUAUAUUCUCGUGAUAUACGAUGUGCCUGGUUUUUUUUCUUCUCCGCUGCUGCUAUCGGUUCUCUUUUCCCCCGAUGUUGUCUGUAUUUCUCCCCAACCCCUUUUUAUGUACUGGUUUUCUUUUUUAAAGAUUGUUGCUACGCUCAGGGCGGCGCGCAAAUGGAAUUGCUAGGGAAGGGAAAGGGACAACGAGGGGAAAGGUCAGGCGGAAAUCAGAUAUUUUCUCUUUCUAACUUGUUGUUCGGAUGACGCUUUGGUUGUGCUUGUUUUUAACGUUUUCUCACCUCCUCUGGAUUGAGGAGAGAGAGACUUGUGCGCAAAUGCAGAGAGAUGCAGCAGGCAAAGGCAAGGAAACAACAGCACGUGCGCAAAGAAAACAACAGAUUUCCUAGGGAAAUAUCUCAUUCUAUAUGAAUCCUUGCAGUUUUUCUUCUUCCUUCUUUCUUUGAUGGCAAGAUUUGAUCGGUGGUGUCCUCGCUCCAUCGUUUAUGUUGCCAUUGUUUCCAUAAUUCUAACGAACGAGUAAUAUCUUAUGAUAGUCUGUGAAGAUACCCAAAAAAAACCAUUUCAAGCUCAA